GAUUGACUCGUUGAAACCAGUCAAAGCACAAUUCUUUUUCCCUUGAACGUAGAAACUCAAGCAACCGAGCCCACUGGGGAUUUUUCUUCAUCUGGUCCUGCAGCUCUUCUUCUUCCUCUGCCCGCUCAAAGCCAUGAUUUCUCCCACUGCCACCUCUUCACCCCUGCUCCCAUUAAAAUCUGUCCUCAUCAAACCCUUUCUUUCACCGUCCUUUAAACCCCUAAACAAAUACCAACUCUGCCGCUCCCGGAAAAGCCUUAAUCUGAGAAGAUUUGGAGUUGGUAAGUGCAAGGCGGAGUUGGUCAAUGAUGCGCCGAUUGCCGUAUCCAUUGGCGCUUGCAUUCUCAACUCCCUGGUAUUCCCUGUUGCUCCUUCGCCUGAUGAAGAUGAAACCGACUCGGUGAUUGACUCUGCCGAUGCCCGAUUAGCUGUCAUGGGGAUAAUUAGCUUCAUCCCAUAUUUCAAUUGGCUAAGUUGGGUGUUUGCUUGGUUGGAUACGAAGAAGAGCCGAUAUGCUGUGUAUGCUAUUGUUUAUUUGGCUCCUUACUUGAGGUCAAAUCUUUCACUCUCACCUGAGGAUAGCUGGCUUCCAGUUGCGAGUAUUCUCUUGUGCAUUCUACAUAUUCAGCUUGAAGUCAGUAUAAAAAAUGGAGACAUCCAGGGGUUGCAGUUUUUUAGUGAGACUAGAAAGACAGACAGUACAGCAUUUGAAGAGGACAUAGCAGCUGAUCGUAAAAAUUUGCCUUCAGCACAACGGGGAGAUGAUAAACGUAAGUGGUCAGUUAGUGAAAAGCCUUCUCAAGAUCCAGGGAACUUGGAUAAAGAUAGAGAGGAUCCUAUGGGAAGGAAGCACUAAGUUAAGAUUCUAUUGAGGCUAGUAGGCAACUUCCUGUAAAGUAGGCAACAUGUAAGCUGAAUAUGAACUCUGCCAAAUAAACAAUAGCAUACACAGCAUGUUAAUCUACGCGUGAAGAAAUGAAGAAAAUAAAAGUUCAAGUUGGGGGAUAACAAAAGUGAAAUUUCCUUAAGAGAAAAUAAGGAGUAAAUUGGAGAAAAGUAGCAAAAAUUAAGAACGGUGGAGCUGGGAUUCGAGCUCUAGUCAUUUGGACAAAGGACAUACUCAACCAAUGAGCUAAAUGAACCAAAUUGAAGUUUUUGUUGGAAAUUCAUAUACAUUGUACAAGCCCAGUACUGAAAAAAGUAAUAAAAGGAAGAGGCCAAGUUUUGAACCCGUGACUUCAUAUUUGGAAUAAGCACCCGUCACCGCUGCACUGCUCCGCUCUUUUGGAUCUAAAGUUGUUUUUUGUGUAAAUAUGUAUUGAAUAAUUAAUUUUAUAUAAUCUAUAUAUAAUAUAUAUAUGUAUUUUUUCGAGGUGCACAGGGUCCCGGGACCCCGUGGGACUUUUAGUGGGUCCAUCUCUGGCGGUCAGUCCAAGCAUUUUUGGACGCGAUGUUCACUAUGGGUCGUCCGGAAACAGUCUCUCUGUGCUUUAGUACAUGGGUAAGACUGCGUACAUCCGACCCCCCCCCUUACCCCAUCGUAGUUGGGAUCUUUUGUGGCACUUGGAUAAUGAUGAUGAUCUAGUAGAUUUGUGCAAAUGGUAAUCUCUUUUUCGAUGUAGAGUAAUUUUGGAGUUAGUGAUGGACUAAAAUCAAAAUAGUGCAUUUUACAGGGAUGAAAAACAAAAGUAAUAUUUAGCAGGGAUUUAAAACAAAGUGUGUCAUAUUUGCAGGAUCAAAAACAUAUUUAAGCCUAGAAAAAUCACUAUAAGAAAAAGAAUUGGCCCUUACCCCAAUGAACUUUUACUGUUUUUUGGCUUCAUACUCGGUUGAAUAAUAUUCAUUUAUAGUGAAACUAUAGGUUACUUUAGGCAUGGACCGGGCCCGGGCCGGUUCAAGACGAGCUUUUUUUCCAGAUGUUGGGCCCAGAAUUGGCCCGGUUUGAUACCAGGUUCGGGCCAAACCGGGCCGGUCCAAUGUAUUAAUAUAUAUAUAUUUUGCUUUCUAAUUAACCCCCCACCCCCGUCAAACCUCCCCAAAACACCCAACCCUACCCAAGGAAAAAAAAUUGAAAAAUAAAGAACCGGGCUCGGCCCGGACUGCUUGGGCCGGUUCAAGAAAAACAGGGCCCGAACCUGGCUCGCCAGGCCCCCACAACCCGGGCUAAAGCUCGGAACCGGCCAUCUGAGCCCGCACAGUAGCGGGACGGCCCGAUUCACGGGCCGGUUCGGCCCGGUUCAGUCCACCCCUAGGUUACUUAUAAAAACCAAAAGAGCAAUUAAACUAUCCAAUAAAAAAAUGUGAAAACACGUCUUAUAAAACAUUAUACUCCGUAGAACAUUAUGAAUACAAUUCUCAUUCUAUCAAACACCUUCAAAAUAAUGGAAUGCACAUAAAUUUACAUUGGAGCAACAUUGUCAAUCUCAUGGUGAACUGUUUUCUCCUCCACAAUAUUCCAUUUUUUUUUGCCUCGUACCACUCCACAUUUUCACGGGAAGUGAAACGGGUGGCUGAGUAUGAGGAGGAGGCACCAUCGUUUUGCUUUCUUUUUGGAGCCAUCCCUCCAAGGUUACAAGAAAAUACAAACACCAUAUCAAAAACUUUAUCAAUUCAAGACUACGGAGCCGCUCACUCGCUCAGCCGCAGACGCAGAAGCCAGAAGAACUCGGCCGCAUAACCUCCUUGCUCCGACCGGCGACCAGGCGACCCGCGACCACCGACCUGAAGAACUCUGAACUCGGCCGCAGAACCACUGGUCUGAACUCGACCACCAUUUAGCCAACUCCAAGCCGGAAAUCAAAACUAGACUCAAAUACUCAAUGAAGAGAUAUUGGGCUACCGUUCCUUCACCGGGUAGUUCAAAUAAUAAUGCUUCAAAUAUUGCAUCUCAAUGUUCUUCAUCAAUACCUAAACAAGUUGAUUUGGAUGAGCUUCCCUCAGAUCCCGCAAAAAGAAGAAAAAUUUCUGAGUACCAUCCUAAUCAAAUAGAUGAAAUCAGGAGAAAAUAUUUGAUUAAAGGACCCUGUCAACCACGUGGUCAUGACUUCCCACAAAAAGAGAUUGGGAAGACUUUAAGACGCUUCAACUCUAAAUGGUUUGAUCAAUAUCCUAAUUGGUUAGAAUAUAGUAUACAAGAUGACAAAGCCUUUUGUUUGCCUUGUUACUUGUUUAGAGAUCACUUUGAGAAUCGUGCUGGGAAUGAUGCAUUUGUAACUGAAGGGUUCUCAAGUUGGAAUAAAACGGAGCGAUUAGCUUCUCAUGUGGGUAAUAUAAAUAGUUUCCACAAUAAGGCACUUAAAAAAUGUGAUGAUUUAAUGAACCAAGACCAGUCAAUUGUUGUUGCUUUGCAUAGACAAAGUGAAAUUGUGAAGAAUGAAUAUCGUAUUCGUUUGAAUGCUUCUAUUGAUGUUUCAAGAUUUUUAUUGCAUCAAGGACUGCCUUAUCGUGGUCAUGAUGAAUCUGAAGAGUCCAACAAUAGAGGCAAUUUUCUGGAACUAGUAAAAUAUACUGCUAGUCAAAAUGAUGCUGUGAGUAAGGUUGUAUUGAAAAAUGCUCCAGGAAAUAAUCAAGUUGUUGCUCCUAGCAUUCAAAAAGACAUUGCUAAUUGUUUUGCACAGGAAGUUGUUCACUCUGUGCUUAAGGAGAUAGGUGAUGAUGUGUUUAGUUUGUUGGUUGAUGAGUCUAGUGAUGUGUCUUACAAGGAGCAAUUGGCUAUGGUGUUGAGGUACGUUGAUCGGUGUGGCAUAGUUAAAGAAAGAUUUAUUGGUGUUGUUCAUGUGAAGGAUACAUCUUCUUUGUCUCUUAAAUCUGCUAUUGAUUCUGUAUUUUCUGAAUAUGGCCUGAGUUUGAAAAAUGUUAGAGGCCAAGGGUACGACGGUGCAAGCAAUAUGCAAGGUGAGUUCAAUGGGUUGAGAGCUUUAAUCAUGAAAGAAAGUAGCUCGGCGUACUAUAUCCAUUGUUUUGCUCAUCAACUACAAUUAGUUGUUGUGGCGGUCUCGAAGAAACACUUUGAUGUUGGUGAUUUUUUUGAAAUGACAUCUCUUUUAUUAAAUGUGGUUGGAGCGUCUUGCAAAAGGAGAGAUAUGAUUCGAGAAAGUCAUCAAGAAAAAGUUAAAGAAGCUAUAAGUAAUGGUGAAAUUAGCACCGGAACAGGAUUAAAUCAGGAGCUAGCCCUUCAAAGACCGGGAAAUACACGUUGGGGUUCCCAUUAUAGAACACUUCUCAAUUUGAUUGAACUGUUUCCAUCAGUUGUUCAAGUCCUUGAGUACAUUGAAGUAGAGGGCGUAGACAGUGUGAAAAGACGCCAGACUAAUGGUCUUCUAACAUAUUUUCAAUCAUUUAAAUUUGUGUUUUAUUUGCAGUUGAUGUUGCUUAUCUUGGGACUCACAAAUUCUUUGUCAGUGGCUCUUCAAAAGAAAGAUCAAGACAUAUUGAAUGCUGUUUCACUUGUGAAAACAACAAAGCAACAAUUGCUUAAGGUAAGAGCUGAUGGAUGGGAUUCACAUUUGAGGAAGAUCUUAGAAUUUUGUGAGAAGCAUGAAAUUUCUGAGCUUAAUAUGGAUGAGGACUUUGUUAACCCAAGGAGGCCACGUCAAAGAACUAAUAUCACUAAUCGGCAUCAUUAUGAGUAUGAAUGUUUUAAUACCAUAAUGGAUUUGCAAAUUAGUGAAUUUGAUGACCGUUUCAAUGAGGUAAAUUCUGAGCUUCUUCUUUGCAUGGCCUCUUUGAGUCCGAUUGAUUCCUCCCGUGAGUUUGAUGCUUCAAAGUUGUUGAGAUUGGCUGAAUUUUAUCCAAGUGACUUCAGUUAUGUGGAACGCAGAACUCUUGAGCAUCAAGUCAGUAUUUACAUUGACAAUGUGUUAGCGGAUGAAAGGUUUGCUAGAUUGAAAAGUCUUGGUGAUCUUGCUCGAGUGAUGGUGGAUACAAGGAAACAUCUUUCACAUCCUUUGGUGUAUAAGCUUUUAAAGUUAGCAUUGACUUUGCCAGUUGCCACAGCAACCGUAGAGAGAUGCUUUUCCGCUAUGAAAAUAGUGAAGACUAAUUUGCGCAAUAGAAUUGGCGAUAGGUAUAUGAGUGAUUGUCUGACUUGUUUUAUUGAAAGAGAUGUGUUUGAAACUGUUACAAAUGAAACUGUAAUGGAUCUCUUUCAAAAGAUGAAAACUCGCCGUGAACAAUUGUGAUGUAUUUGUUCUCAUCCUGGAUCCGCCACUGGUCCAACGAGAUUUGUGCUCAAGUUCCACAGGGAGGUGACUUGGUUUUGCAUAAACAAGCCGGAAAGGGGACAUACCGAGUGGAAUUUUAUAGGCCGUCCGGUAUGCCCAUAAGGCAUCAUCAAGCUUUAGAGACCAUCAUCUUGCUGCCCCUUUGAGAGUAUGGGGGAAACAUUUGAGCUUGAGAUCGUCUUCGGCGAGCUUAUUCAUUGGAAUCCCUUGAAGAAAUCCAUAAAACUUCGUGAUAAAGUUCAGUGGAUUUCCCCCCG